AUGGCUUCUCAAAACGAUCUUCUCGUCCACAAAGUGGCCACCAUCCUCUCUUGGGUGCUUGCAGUAUACGCGACUUUCAGAUACUUUGUUGGAAGAUCGCCCUUUGAUAAGCACAACCCAUACCAUGUGGGCGACACACCAUAUAGCUCGAACCUCGUGUUCACUUUGUUGUACUGGGCGGUUCUUUUCCUUUCCCAGAUUGCGUUCGUCACCCAAAUCUUUUUGCCUGCGGCAGACAGCUCUAGCGUGACCAACAGAAAUGCUCUCACCAAGCUCGUUGGCUGGCACUUUACCAUUUUCAACUUGGGUGUUUUCGUGUGGACAUUGUUGUUUGUUAAGCACCACUACUUCUGGUCUGAGGUUAUUUUGGUGCUCAACUUUGUCAACAUUUUGCUGUUGUACUUCACCCACAAGACUUAUGCCAUUACGCCAUUGAGCAACUGGUUUUUGAUUCACUGGCCAACUGCCGCCUUGCCAUUCUCCUGGUUGUUCUAUGCCAUUUUCUGGAACGGAGCGGUGUUGUUCCACGUGCACAAAUUUGUUGGCAGAGUUAUCGCCAACAUUACCAUCUGGAUGUUCUUGUUUGUUCCAGGAUUCUUCUUGGCUGUAUUCAAUGACUGGGCCGUGGGUCUUUCUUCGAGUGCAUUGAUGUUCAGUUUGGGUGUGGGCCAGGUUAUCACCAAGGCUUUCGCUUUGCAGUGGAUCUUUGCCUUUGUCAUUGCCAGUGUCUUACUCGUGCUCAGUUUGAUCGUUGCUGUCACCGGCUCUCUCACCAAGAAGUCCACUGACACUGAAAGCGCUCCAUUGUUGCAAAACUAA